UGGAAUGACUGAUGCAACUUUUGCCUUUUUUAUUGAGCUUUCACUUUCAGAUAUCCAGUUAUAUUUUUGACCUGCAACAAAAUUCACACUAGAAAAAAACCCCCAAAUAAAUAGAAAACUAUAAAACACUGAUAUCUAACAUGUAAUUGCAGAUGAAUUUGAUAAAAUGUUAAAACAGCUCGUCACGUGAGUCGCCUCCACCGCUGGGUCCACCCAUGUUUCUGCUUUUUCACACUUCUCUGUCUCUCACGUCUCGAGUCUCUGUUCGUUCCCACGUCCUCUGACACUUUCUGGAGGACCUCAGUUUCAGGAUGAGCCCUGCAGAAGUGACCGAGGAGAAGUUUCUCUCUGUGCAUGUGGUGGAGAGCCGACCCGGGCUGGGCCAGUGGCGUGUGGGGGGGGCGCAGACCCUGCUCUUCCUGAUGGUGAGCGUGGCGUUGUGUGGCAUGGCCGUAGAAGCCUGCUUCAUCUACCGUCUCUACCGAGCUGAAUCUGCCACCUCAGCGUCGCCCUCUAAGCUCAUGGCAGGUCAGGAAGUUCCUCCCUCCAAACCAGUGGCACAUCUGACAGAUGGAACAGAUGCAGUUCAUGGACAGCAGAUCAUGGCGUGGAGCAUGAUCACAGACCCUCUCCUCUAUGGAAUGAACUACAAAAACAACCGUCUUAUCAUUCAGACGGAGGGUUAUUAUUAUGUCUAUUCAAAGGUUUUCUUCUUAGACAACGGUGUAUUUCACCAUUCUGUCAGUAUGGAGACUCAGAAGUAUACUGGGGGAAGUCUGACCCUCCUGCAGUCCAGGAAAUACUCCCCAGGGACGCAUCAGUCUCGAUCCAACAGUUACCUGGGUGGAGUGUUUCGCCUGAACGCAGAUGAUGCUCUUUACGUGACAGUCAGCAACACCACAAAAAUUGAGCGACACGGAGGGUCUGAGAACAUCUUUGGUGCAUUUAUGAUAUAAAAUACCACACUGACCAUCAUCACCAUGAACCUUGCCUCAGUCAAACUUCCCUGAAUAAAUAAAGGAAGGUACAAAAUCUGAAAGUUUAGAGGAACAAUAAAUAAAAUUGGGACAGAAACAUUAUUGACUCUUCUUUAAAUUUAAAUUCUUUACGUUUUAUAUGCUUACUUGUAUACUGAAUUACACUAUACUGAACAGCUUUAAUUCUGCUGUAUUGAUGUACGGUUAUGUAUACAAAAUAAUGAAAUAAACAGAAAGUCUGUAGGUUUUCUCAAGGCUGUAAUAAUAAUAAUAAUAAUAAUAAUAAUAAUAAUAAUAAUGAUGAUGAUAUUUUGUGUGCUGAUUUGAUGAUUUAAUUAUUGCAUUUCGUUACUUUUUAGACUUUGUCUCUUAUUCUGAUGUUAAACACCUUCAAGUGUCACUGUGUAUUAAAGGUGCUUUACAAAUAAAAAUGAACCUGACUAAUAAUAA